AUGUCCUUAUUCACGUUCAGAAGACUAGCCACAACAUCAUCCUCAUCAACAACCAAUUCCCAACCGGAAAAAAAGGCCCAAGCAGCCCAACUCGCACUCCAGUCCCUAAAAGACGUUGGAUCACUAUUAUCACCAUCCGACCCAUCAUCAUCAUCCUCGUCUGACGAUGCCACUCAACCCAUAGACACCAGUCCCAUAUACGCCAACCCACAACUAUUCCCACACUUGUCGCUCUUGCACCAGGGCCAAGUCGUGGCGGAGUUGCAACUGAAGUACGACAAGAACUGGCACAAGUUGCAACGCAAGGAUAAAUUGUUGGGGUACUAUAUCUCGUAUGGGAAUUGGGGUGUUCGUGAACAUUUCACCAAUUGGAGCCAACCCGAUUCGGCACCUUUGGAUUUACCUUUCCGUGUACCAAGUGAAAUACGCAAAGUGGACCCAGCUCCUACUGAUGUGGUGAAGCCAUUGGAGAUGGUGAAGUUGAGUGAAACGCCAGUGAGGAUUGAUCAGUUUGAUUAUAAGAAAAUGGACCCAGCUACUAAAUUUUGCAUUUACUUGAUUGUUUUCAUUGCCAUGGUUGCCAUUUAUCGUGAUAAGAAUGUCGGUGAGGAUGGUAAACCAGUUGAAGUUAAGAUUGAAGACCAAUAUGAAAUAGCGAGGCAAAGGGAAGAGCAGGAGAGAGUAAAGCGGGUUGAGGAAGAAGAAAGGAGACAAAGAGAAAGUCGGAAAUGGUAUUACCUUUGGUUAAGGUGA